AUGCCCAGAAUACGUUCCUCGCGUCGAGCCCCUGGCUUGAAAGAGAGCGACUACGAUCAUGAGAUCGGUCUUAUUGACGACGACGACGCACGCGACAGCCUUGCUGCUGCCACCUCCAGAGAGAGCCCUCCAGAGGUUGCCAGCCCAGAUGUGGGAGGACCCUCGACUGCCCGGACUGGAAGUCAUGCGUCAUCAAGCCUAUCUGUCCCAUCCGGCAAGCUAUUGCCGAUAGAGAGGGUUAGCGAGGCCCUCAAUGCUAGCGCGGAGGCACAGAGCUCGGAGUUGGAACCCGAAGAGCAGCCAGGCAGGGGGCCAUCCAUAGAGAUCGAGGACGCCACCCCCAACGUCGUACAAACCGUAUCUAGUAGGAAUACUUUGUCCAAAACUUCAACAAAAGACCGGGAGGCUGUCAUUGACGUCCUGUACGAGAACGAGCGCGGUGGGUUCCUUUGUGGAAUUCCGUUGUUCUCCUCGAAAGCACUGGGGAGCUUGGACCCGCCUCCGUGGACCAAUGCUUUUCACAAAACCAGUCCCACGGAUACGCAAACCACCCAGGUUCCAGAUCCAACAUGGGAAUGGGCGUGGCCAGAAUGGCGCAUCCACUUUCAUGACAAGGUUGACGAAGGCGGGUGGGAGUACUCGUUCAUGUUCUCGAAGAAGUUCUCUUGGCACCGUCCUCGGUGGUGGAAUUCCUUCGUGAGGAGGCGCGCAUGGAUUCGGAAACGAGUCAAGAAGGAUCUUGAGUUACUCGCUACGACUACUACGGACCCUCACCUACUAAAUACAGACUACUUCACCGUCCGGUCUCGAGAGAGCCAGACCCACUCCCGCACGCGGAGCCGCGGAAGCAGCGUUGGCGGGGGAAGCAGGGCGAGUUUUGCCAGCUACCACUCGGAAGCCGAGUCCGCAUUCGACGUCAAUGCUCAUCAAAUCGAGGAUGUCGAGACGCUUCUCCACGUGCUGCGCAAGGCGAGGAUCGACCGCGAGAAACUGGAGGCUGUGAGCAAUUACCUCGAGCAUGCCGGGCCCGAUCUCCAGAACCUCGGGCACGAAAUGCAUGAAGUUAUGAUCAAUUUUGUGUUUCAGGCAUCUCGGAAGAUUUUGCUAUCCAAUCUUUCCCAAGCUUUGGAUAAGACUGUCGCGGACCUCAAAAAGGACAAGUCCCCUAGCCUAGAGGAGCGGAAGGCCAACCUCGAAGUUGCCAUCCAGCACGCGGACGAGGAGGUAAGGAAACUAGCAUAUUGGAGUGAUAUCAAGGGCAUGGUGGAAAGCGGGAAAUCGGCUCAUGGCGUUCAGGAAGAAAUGGGAUGGGGAAAGGCAUGGAGAGGCGUUGACCAGAGCGGCCCAGCGGGACCGCAAAAGGGUGAUGGGGUAAAGGCCAAGGACGGAGAUGAAGAUAUCCCUCCGUAG